AUUUGCUCCCGUCCGCACUUCUGUCCUUUUUGUCAAUACUCCAGAUAAAUUCCUGUAUCACAUUAACGCCCACUCAAACUAGACCACAAUCAAGCGCGAUAUUCCUGGGCUGGGUUAGCUCUCAAUUCCUAAGAUCCCUCACAUAUGUAAGUAGCAAGAAGGCACCAGUGUGAGCUCGAACAAUCAUCGUCAUCAUUCCCAAACCGUGUCUCUCAUCAUCGACGCAGGCGACGACAACGUUCAACGUUCAACGUUCGCUACCCAAACUCUGUCUAGGGGAGGGGAUAUAAGCCGUCAGGUCAUUUAUCGCCGCCUUGUCUUAGCCCUGAAGUCAUAUAUCGACUUCCAUGCCCUCCACUACCACGGUCGCGAACCACGACUCGAUCGCAACCAGAACUCGACGGUCUGCUGUCUCCAAUACAUCUUUCGAUUCAGCUUCAUUGGACGGUCAUUCACUGUUCUCUUCUGACGAUAUGGCGAUGACCCCGAGAUCACCAAUAGUUGCAACCACUCGUGAGAAUGGCAUUGGUUCGGUUGGCGAGAAGAAGAGAUCUACAACGGCCAAGGGUGGUAAGACCAGCGAAGGGCAGAGGGGGGUAGCCAACAUAAGCGAAGGGAAGAUGGAUAAGCGGUUGGCUAUGGGUGCUAGGGUAGUCCCGGCUGAGUCUACAUCGUCGAACAGUAAGAGGAUACCAAGUGGCUCGUCGUAUCCUUCGUCUCACAAGCAAUCAUCCUCUUCGACGAAAGCACGCUCGUCGCAAACCCAGUAUACCAGGGAUUCCGAGCAAUCGUCACCACCACCAAAGUCGAAGAAUAUGUCUAAAUCUACUGCCAAAAGUCAGCCCAGUAUCAUGAUGAGCAUGUCUGCUCUCAUAGAACAGAACGAAGAUGCCAUUCUGCAUUACUCGAUGCCAAAAAGCAACGUUCUCAUCUCCUCAAACCGCAGUCGGUCAAAUACAACGCCGAAGCUUCCGGCACACACAUCCAACGUCUCCCCUCCACCGCGACGCAGAACCAACCCAGGAAAAACUGAUCUGGCCAGGCGGAGGUCUCGUUCGCUUGAAAAUUUCGAUAGAGUCCAGCCUCACUCGGGUUCCUCAACGCCUACACCUUCUCAGCCAGACCCGUCCAUCUCGACGCCUUCAUCGUCCGCCAGGACCGCCUCUAAAUCUCAUCCCUCUUCACGACCAAGCUCGCAAGGAAAACUAGGGUAUACAUCAUCACCGUUAUCCAAGACACCUCAUUCUUCGGCAAUUCGUUCGCCCACGUCUCUCGAUGCUUUCGCAGAGCUCAGCGUCGGUAUCGGAACCAACAACCAACUUUAUCUCACAAAAAAUGGCGUUCUACAGAACACAAUGACGGCAGUUGAACUCACACGUGGAUCCCCGCAUUCCGUCUUGAACGGAGACUCGAAAGGAAAAACGAGAGCGAUGGAAUCGCCGUUUUCUGUUGUGAACUCGCGCCGGCCACCGAGUAACGUCCCGGAAGGAAGCGUUCUGGUACAGGUGUGGGCGGUGGGGCUGGAUGUUGUUGAUGCGACACUGUGUGGAGUCCCCUUUACUCAAGAUACUCCGUCCGAUGAAAUACGAACUCGAAAGGAAUUUGGGCAUGGGAAAAGAAGUGCAAGCGACACCAAAUCUUUGCCUGGUCGUGGAGGGGCGCUUAUACGAACCUUCAGUCUUAGUCGCAAAAAGGCAAAGGAGGAUCCCCCACCCUUGCCAACGAACACGAGCUUGAAACCACCCGAGUUGGGAUACACACCCGGAAGGAGCUUUGUUGGUCGCGUGGUGGAAGUUGUUGACAUGGACGACAGGGAGAUGGGUUUCCGAAAGGGUGAUUGGGUGAUUGGCUUGUUAGAUCUUCGUAAGUGCGGUGCCCUUCAAGAGUAUAUAAUUGUGGAUCGAAGACGAAUGUUUCGUGUCCCACCCCCUGCCCUACCGGAUCUCACGGAUACCUCAGCAUCUCCAACCUCACGACACCACAUUUCUGGGAAAAAAUCAGCACGUUCUAAAACUGCCUCUUCGACCUCGGUUCUUACGAAGUCUCCCGAGCCUCGACUUACUAUCGACGAGCUAGCCCUUUUGCCAUUAUGUGGUGUCCAAGCAUAUCGAGCCAUGCGUACUCUGAAGAUUGACAACAACAACGUUAACCUAUUCAAGGUUCGACGUAUUCUUGUCCUCAAUGGUCACGAUGGCAUUGGUGCGUUGGCGACACAGAUGCUAGCCAAGCGCGGAUGGAAAGUUGUUGUCCAUGUACCCGGUCUCGAAGACAAGGAAAUAGUCGCUCAGAUCAAGAGCUGGGGUGGAGAUGCUGUCAUUUUCGAUGGUGGCGAGGGGGCUGUCAAGACAAUGGAGCGAUUGGUCGAGGAAGGAGAUUCAUCGAUCGACGCGAUAUUGGAUACCAUUGGGGGGAAAGAUAUUUGGGUAGCUGGAGAAAAUUUGUUGAAGGCACAUAGUCAGCAACAGUCACAGCUUAAUUCACCUACUAUGCUUGGGACCACGACUUUCCCUCCUCCUCCUCCGCCACCAGCAAUACUUCAGUCAUCUUCGUCGCUAUCGCGUCGGUUGGGUAGUAUUCGACGAAGGAAUACCGGUUCUAGCACAAACAGCACUGUUUCAACAGGUGGAAGCAGUGGUGCCGUGAAACAGUUCACGACCACGAUCGGGGAUUUUCCUGAUCGACCUGUACCCUCUGCAUCUGAUCACUUUAAGAGUGGGAUACGCAGCAUGCGGAAAUCGGGAGUUGAUUAUACUUGGGUUAGUUUGGCCCAAGAUAUCGAUUUUGAAGGCGGAGAUAUUCGAGAUGCUCUGAAGAGGGUUAUCCGGAUGGCCCUGGAAGAAGGGGUUAGGCCUGCUUCUGGAGGUGCAGGAAGGGUUGUUGGAUUGGAGAGGACACCUGAGGUAUUUAUUACUGGGGGUGAAAGAGGACUAGAAGGCGGAAACACGGUGGUCGUAAGAGUUGUUGAGUAAGUAUAGCAUUCGCAUAUGAACUUUUUCUUUUGGUUAUACCGUUCAGCCUUUAUGUUUCUACCUACAUACUGCUAUACCGGACAGUUCAGCACAUACAUGAGCAUACUAUUGCAAAUACGCUUCUUAUGAGCUUGAAACACAGACG